UCCUACCAGUCACUCGCGCUCUCGGUCUCCACACGCUUUGCCCACCUUGAUGCUGCUGCUCCUCUUCUGCCGGAUCGCGCUUCCGGACGCAUGACUUUAUGGCCGGAUCAUUACUGCUGAUCAUUGUAUGGAAUGGUGCCGGAUGUCCACCCUAGGGUGCGUGGUGAUAUGUGUGGUGCUUCUGUGGUGCGACCUGACCGUCGCGGACCUUGGUCUUAUGUCCAGCAGAAACUACAAGCUUCGAGAAUUGCUCAAGUCUCUGAACGCUUACUCCACUGAGGUUCAUACCGUCAUACCAGUAGCAGUCAAUUAUUCGGCAAAAGUCGAGCCUUUCCCGACAGUACCUCCUGUUUUAAAGAUUCCAGAGCAGUCCAGAAUCGGAGAUUCAGAUUCGCUGCUGGAUUCAGUGCCCGGAUCAUCUUCCGUAAAAUCUUAUCAAGACUUUUACAAAACAUUUUACGGAACACAAGAAGGGGUCUCAUAUCUAAGAAAACAAUUUGGGCCGACGGGACUUCGUGAAGCAAGAGCCAAAUUUGGGAUCAGCAGAAAUUUAGAAGACAUGAAGCUGGCCAAUGAACAUUUGCUGAAAAUGUAUAACAAGGCCAGAUGUAGGGUCCCCGUACCACAGGUGGUGCGAGUUAAAGAUUUUUAUCCAGACCCUUCCCGGGAAUACAUGCCAAGGUGUACCAUGCUUCACAGAUGCAGCGAUUCUACGGGAUGUUGCGACAGCGAGGCCUUCCACUGCGUACCUAGUGCAGUGCAGGAAGUCACACUUCACUUCUAUGCAUUGAGAGUGGGCAAACAUGGCCUCUCUCACGGCGGUCACAACAGUUUCGAGAAGCUGCUAUUCGUGAACCACACUGCCUGUAAAUGUCAACUUAUCAACGAUCUUCCCAGACUUCAAGAUGGCUCCAGUGACCCGCUGGCGGGACACGAACCGAAGCCGAAAUCGAAGUGCCGCGAAUGCCCAGUUCCCUUUAGCAGCCGCAUAUACAAAGAUGGACGAUGUGGAUGUGAUUGUUUCGAUCGACAAAAACCUUGCAUCAAAAUUAAAAGAGGCAAGGAACCUCUGUCGAGCAUUGAAAGAAGGUGUGUGGAAGCAAAUCAGUGCCACAUUCCCGACUGUGAAUAUGGAAUGUUCAAUUCUGCAACCGGCUACUGUCCGAAGCGGCACGAUGAAGACCAUCGGCGACCAAGUCGCAGACCCUCGCAACAAGUGCCUCCGAAUCACCGGUGGACGUUCUUGGAAAGAGACUGAUGCCCCCGAAAAUCAGGGAAACGUUUAACACCGAAGAACUGAAUAUAGAUUUUUUUUUAUCAAGCAAAACAAGACAUUUUAUCAGAAAGUUAUGUGAGAUCUGAAGUUUUUUUUUUAUGUGUGUCUGCUCCAGUUAAAUAUUAGCACCGUUGACAGCAAUGAGCUGAAGAUAAGACUCUGCUUCUUUUAUCUACAAAGGAUACGAACUAUUCAACGUUAUUUUAUGCAAAAACAAAAAGUCCGAAGAUUUUUUUUUUUUUUUUUCAAAUUAUGAAAAAGUAUUUUUUAAACUAUAUUGUGCCAUACUAUAAAUUAAAAAAUGCAUGUAACGAAUAACAUUGAACAUUUUGCCCAUUAAAAAUUUCAUACUUGUAAAAUAAAACUUGAAAUAAUAAAGCA